AUGAUGCAAAUUGGCUCAACACUUCCGGCGAAUAACCUCCACCUUUUUCAGGCGAGACGUGCCAGUUUCAACUGUUCAGGUUCACCAUUGAACCCAUUGAAUAGGCCUCAAGUUCAAGCACAAAAUGCAAAUCCUGUAGCUUCAACUGAGGUGACAAAAAAGCAUCUGUCCAACCUUGAAAAACUGCUGCAAAAGCAGGCUCCUGAUCAAGAACCGGUUCAGAAAGAAUCCGGUUCUGUUCCGUCGUUGGAAAACAAAGCAAAGGGACUGUUAGAAGGAUUGAACUUGGCCAGAGUUUGGCCAGGGAAGAAAGCCAUCGAGGAAAUGUCGCCGCGCCAUUUAAAUAGGCUGCAGAGGCUGUUGUCUAAGUCGGCGGAAUAUUCUCCGAGGAACAAUCUCGGUAGCCGGUGGCGCGAGUAUCAUGGAAGUCGUGACUGGGAGGGCCUAUUGGACCCUCUCGACGAGAAUCUCCGGCGAGAGAUUGUCCGGUAUGGGGAGUUCAUUCAGGCGGCUUAUCAUUGUUUCCAUUCUGAUCCUGCCACGUCAGCAGACGAGGCGCCAUGGCCGCGGCACGUGGUUCUUCCUGAUAGGUCCUAUAAAGUGACAAAGAGCCUUUAUGCCACGUCAUCUAUCGGGUUGCCCAAAUGGGUGGAUGAUGUAGCGCCGGAUCUUGAAUGGAUGACCCAACGAUCAAGCUGGAUAGGGUAUGUGGCAGUGUGUGAUGACAAGAGAGAAAUUCAAAGGAUGGGAAGGAGGGACAUCGUGAUAGCUUUACGUGGUACGGCUACAUGUCUUGAGUGGGGCGAAAACUUUAGGAAUCUACUUGUUCCGAUGUCAGAAGAAAAAGAUGACACCGAAGCACAAUCCAAAGUAGAAUGUGGAUUUUUGAGUCUAUUCAAGACACAUGGAGCUCACGUAGAAAGUUUAGCCCAAUCAGUAGUCGAAGAAGUUCAAAGAUUACUCGAGAAGUAUAAAGGUGAGACACUAAGCAUCACCAUCACGGGGCACAGCCUUGGGGCGGCCUUAGCUUUGUUGGUGGGGGAUGAAUUAAGUUCAUGUUCAAUCAAUAUGCCACCGGUGUCUGUCUUCUCCUUUGGAGGUCCUCGAGUUGGGAACCGAGGCUUUGCCAACCAUCUAAAUGCCAAAAACGUGAAGGUCCUACGAAUUGUUAAUUCACAAGACAUAAUCACUCGGGUACCCGGCAUGUUUGUGAGCGAAGAGCUCGACAAACAAUUGAGGGGCUCGGGAGCCUCAGCAGUGCUUAACAUGCUAGACAAUAGUAUGCCAUGGGCAUAUGCACACGUUGGAACUGAAUUAAAAGUAGAUACCAAAAUGUCUCCUUUCUUGAAGCCCAAUGCGGAUGUAGCAUGUUGCCAUGACCUGGAAGCAUACCUGCACUUAGUGGACGGGUUCAUGGCAUCUAAUUGCCCAUUUCGAGCCAAUGCCAAGAGAAGCCUGUGGAAGUUGCUGAAUGAGCAAAGAUCCAAUGUGAAAAUGCUCUACACCAAUAAGGCCAAGUCAUUGAGCUUGAAUAUGGACAGAGAUACCAUGAAUAUGUCUAGUUGUUUGCCGAGCCCAUCUUCAUAA